AGUUCAUUGCGAUAACUUGUGUUAUUACAAAAUUAUCAACUUUUAAGACGACUAAAGUUGUCAAUUUUCCAUUUAAAAUAAAAAUAAGUGAACUCAUAGAAGUGUUUGAUCCGAAUUUUUGCUUCUCAUUACUUUCAAGUAAAUACACCGGUUAACACCACCCUAAUCUGCUAGUGUUUAGUGACAUUGACCAAAAAUUAAUUCACUAUCAAAAUUCAAUCCUCCCUUUAUGUAUAGACACUCAUAUAAACUAUAUUCUCUGGAAAUGAAAACGACCAGCAUUUGGUUCCUUGGCAGUUCGUUAUUGUGUUUGGCUGGUUUUAUUCGUGCGAAUGAUCUCUUAGCAUUACGUUCAUUCUGCGGUUAUCAACAUAGCGAUGACUACAACAGAGACAGUCCUGAUGUGACAAUCGAUGAAUUUCCUUGGAUAGCUCAACUACUGUAUGGUAAAGAUAGACACGUCCAAUGCACAGGGUCAUUAAUUAAUAACCGCUAUGUACUCACCGCCGCACAGUGUUUGGCCUACACAAGCCCGGUGGCGGUGCGACUAGGCGAUUUCAAUGCAACCAGUGAUAAAGAUUGCGUAUAUCACACCAAUUUUGGUGAAGAAUGCAGCGACCCGAUUCAGGAGUUUGAUAUUGAAGAAGCCGUUCCGCACGCGGAUUUUGACAAAGACACCUCAAAAAACGAUAUUGGUCUGAUUCGACUGUCACGGAAUGUGGAAUACUCAGACUACAUACGUCCGAUAUGUCUACCAACACCCAAUAGUAGAGUUAUUAGGGGCGGUGAGGAACUAGCUUUGUCUGGUUGGGGACUUUUGAGCGACGGAGGAAAUCUUACUGAAGUGAAAAAGAAGAUUUUAGCAACUGCCGUGUGUUUGCGGCAGUGCAAUAGGUUUUAUAGAACAUUUGAUAAGGUUCUUGAUAGAAAUAACAUAUGCGCCAUUGAAACAGUCAGCUAUAGUUGUCACGGGGAUGGCGGAGGGCCUUUAAUGAUGUCUGUAAGAAGUCAGUGGGAGGUGGUAGGUCUAUUAUUGUUCGGGGUACGCUGUGAUGCGACUACUCCUUCGGUAUACCUUAAUGUGAAAAACUACGUUGGGUGGAUUAAAGCUCACGUACGAAAGUGAUUCUGCUUGAAUCUUGAAAUAUAAUUUGUAGUAGGUA